UUGUGUGACAAAGCAAAUUACAGUAGAGAACACUGAGAGGAGCGGGGGGAAGCAGAAAUACAGUUUGUCAAAAUGGCAGAGGCUAGUGAUUGGAGUCAGGAUCACUUCAGUUGUCCAAUAUGUUUGGAUCUACUGAAGAAUCCUGUAGGAAUUCCCUGUGGACACAGUUUCUGUAUGGAUUGUAUCUCAGGCUGCUGGGAUCAAGAGGAUCCAAAGGGAGUCUACAGCUGCCCACAGUGCAGACAGACUUUUACUCCAAGGCCAGUUCUGGGCAGAAACACAAUGCUGGCUGAAGUGGUGGAGAAGCUGAAGCUUCUGGGACUCCAGUCUGCUCCUGCUGCCCACUGCUAUGCUGGACCUGGAGAUGUGGAGUGUGACGUCUGCUCUGGGAGAAAGCGGAAGGCUGUCAAGUCCUGUCUGGUGUGUCUGUCGUCUUACUGUGAAACUCACUUCACAUCUCACAAUGAUCUCUUCCCAGGGAAGAAACACAAAGUUAUUGACGCUGCUGGUAAACUGGAGGAUCUGAUCUGCUGUCAGCAUGAUAAACUGCUGGAGGUCUUCUGUCGCACUGAUCAGACAUGUAUAUGCGUGUUGUGUGUCAUGGAUGAACACAAAGGGCAUGACACAGUUUCAAUUGCAGCAGAGCGGACAGAGAAACAGAAAGAGCUGGGAGGAUCACAGAGAAAAUUCCAUGACAUCAUUAAAGAAAAAGAUACUCACCUACAAGACCUCAGAAAAGCUGUAAAAACUCUUCAGAGUUCUGCUGAUGCAGCAGUGGAGAACAGUGAGAGGGUCUUCACUGAGAUGAUCCGCUCCAUUGAGAAAAGACGCUCUGAGGUGACGAAGCUGAUCAGAGAUCAGGAGAGGGCUGAUGUGAGUCGAGCUGAAGAACUCAUGGAGGCGCUCGAGCAGGAGAUUACUGAACUGAGGAGGAGAACUGCUGAGCUGAAGCAGUUCUCACAAAGUGAAAAUCAUAUCCGUUAUCUCAAGAGUUUCCAGUCUCUGUGUGCCUCCACUACAUCUGACAAGUCAUCUACGUGCUCAGUGCAUACAGAUGAGCUUUUUGAGAGAGUGAGUGACAGCCUCACUGUGCUCAAAGAGAAACUGCAGGAUGUGCUCCACCAGGGACUACAGGACAUGACUAAAACUGGUACGUCUCACAGUGAACAAAUCAGCAUUUUCAGACCUACAGAGCCUGUGACCAGAGAAGAUUUCCUGAAAUAUUCCCAUCAGCUGACAUUGGACCCCAACACGGCUCAUAAUCAGCUGAAGCUGUCUGAGGGAAACAGAGUUGCAGAAAGGGUUCAAAAGAGUCAGUCAUAUCCUGAUCAUCCAGACAGAUUUAGUCAUGUGGGACAGGUGAUGUGUUCAGAGGCUACAUCUGCCAGGUGCUACUGGGAGGUUGAGUGGUCUGGAAAUUUUGUGUUUAUAGCUGUUUCAUACAAGGGGCUAAAGAGGAAAGGAACUAAUAAAGAUGCUUAUCUUGGCUGCAAUCCAAACUCCUGGGCAUUGCGUCACUAUUCAUCUGGGUUCAGAUUCUUCCAUAAUAAUAAACAAACUGCCCUCCCUCUUGCUCAGACCUCCUCUAGAAUAGGAGUGUAUGUGGAUCACAGGGCAGGGACUCUGAGCUUCUACAGUGUCUCUGCUGACACUAUGACUCUGCUGCACAAAGUAGAGACCACAUUCACUGAGCCGCUAUAUCCUGCCUUCUGGCUCCACAAUGUUGGCAAUAAAAUCAAAUUGUGUCAGUGAUAACAAACCAGCACUAAAACACAUUCACGUCUACUGUAUAUGCCAAAAGCCAAAUAUAUAUUGUGAACCGUUUCAGAAUUUCAACUUUUGCGAGAAUUUUUCAAUGAUAACAUGACCUUGUAUUUUUUGUUUCUUUGGGUUUUUUUGUUUGUUUGUUUGUAGAAUUGCAUGUAGAAUGGGUGUUCAGUAUCUACUCCCCAUAUAUAUUCUUGGCCAGGCCCUCCAGUGUCAAUAGCGAGGUCAUCACCCAGUGCUGUCAUGCUCUCAGUAUACUGGUGUCAGCUGCUGUCAUUGGGUCGUCCCUGACCAAUGAAGAGUGGAGAUUGUCCACAUUCCAGGUAAAGAUGCAGGGUAAAGGCUGACAGAAGUCCUGGAGUGAGGAGUAAACACACAUAGGCCUGUGUUUUAUUAUGAUUUCCAUUCCAUGGCAGGAUUACGUUUCGACCAUUGAGAAUCUGAUGAAGAUAAUGGUCAAAAUGUAGUCGUCCCUUACCAGGUCAUAUUCAGUUCAUCCUGGCUGUAGAUGUAAUGUGGGGUCUUCCUGGUUACUAAUGUGGUCCAUACUUUACUGUUCAUCUACAGGUGGUGGCUAAUGGAUGUUUAUAUAACACUGUCUGUAAACAUUAAUAUAUGGUACAUUCUUCAUCUUCCAAGUGUUUUUUUGUUCUUGAACAACAAUGAGUAUAUACCUAAACACUUUGAUUGAAUUUAUAUGAAAUAAUUACUGUAAUAAAAAUGCAAUAAUAAAGUAUAUAAUUGAAUGAUCUUGGCUGUCCCACCUCCAUCAUUCACUUAAAGAAAACAAGAGCACUGCAUUGCAAGAUCCUGGCCAAUUGCAUUAGAUAUUGACUUUGGCAUUUAAAAGCAACAUAAAACCUGCUUUGAAAAUGUACAGAUUACAUACCAGAGAAUGACAUAGCCUGAUAAACCAGCCUAAAUGUGAGACUGGAUGUGUAAUUUAAAAAAUGUCUGCGUCUAGCGGGUGGCGCUGGUUUACUAGGCUAGAGAUGACAGACUGCUCUGUUUUGGUUACCACAGAUCCACAGCCCCCACUGCUGUCCAUCUCAU